AGUAACUGAAGGUCCAAAAUAACUUAUCAAGAUCCUUUCAGACAGGUGUGGAGCUACGCCAGAAAGACAGCCUAUCUUGUCUACUGUUUAACAUCGCUCAGGAGACCCAACCCAACCCCACCUAACGAUCUGAUUAGUGAACCACACGUUCAAAAGUGUAAAGGAAUUUAUAAAAAUAAAUGACAAUAACAUAAUGACUGCAGAUAUUAUGAGAAGAUUGUAUAUGACUAAUAGAGCUUACUUUAGGCUGAUAGAGCGACUCACAAUGAGAAAACUAUUAACGCCAGGCGGAAUGACCAAGAAAACUAAGGUACUAAUAUACAAAACGCUUCCAUCUAGAAAGGAUGAAUGAAAAGGAACCCAAUAGAGCAACUGUUUCGCCAAACAGUUUUUGGAACCUGCAAGAGAGGAAUCCCUAGAGGCAGAUAAAAGGACCAGGUGGAAGAAAGUCUAAAAAUGCUGGGAGUUAGAAACUGGAAAGCCAAGGCACGUGAUAGAAGGGAGUGGAAACCGAUCUAAGAACCGGCCAAGACCCACCAGAAUGUUGGUGCCAAUGAUGAUGAUGAAUGAUGACAGAAAAUUAUUGUUUUGUCAAUACAUUCCUAACCAAUCACAUAAAAAUAUGGUGUCAAAAUUUGUUUGCCUAAAGCUACUCUAACAAGAUUUCUAUUUGGAAUAGAUGAUAAAGUAAGCACUGGUUGUCUUUUUGAACUGACAGCACGUUUAUGUUACAAAUGACAAUAUUAACAUAAUAAUAAACAAUAAAAAAACCGAUAUUCGACUACAUCAAUAAUAUAGUCGUCAAUCUGGUAGAAACGGCAGAUCCAGUGCUAAAGUUAAUUAAAUAAAAUAAAUUUUUAUUGUAAAUAAGUUUAAUAGAAAAUUUAAAAACGCGUCUGGGUACUACAAAGAAACGAAUGUUAUGGUAGCAACUUUUAAAUUUGUAAUGGAAAGAACACAGAAGGAUUUCUUUCAACAAAUCGAUUUCACUGCGGGACAGGUGUAGACUGGCUUUCUAUCAUUUCGACGACAACAUUUUGUGGAACUCACGGUCUCGUUCUACGUGAGUUGCAAAUGUUAAAACUUAGAGUAUACAUUGGUGAUUGUGUGACGUUUUUGUAAAAUAUACACGUGUACAUAAAGUAAGGAAUAAAUUGGAGUGACGCAGCUACAAGCUUAUCAGCGAUAAAUGACAACCUUGCAAUCAAAGUUUAUUGUUUUAUGGUCAUAAUAUAAAAGUACAGUAAGGUGUUAGCAUAAUUUUUUGUAUAAGAAGCAAAUAAAAGCCAUUAAUUGUUUGACCUAAAAACAAACAAACUCUAAAAAUUAACGAGGUUGCCAAUGAAAUAGCAUUGUUUAGACAACAAAAUAUAGAUCAACCCUAAUACAGAUGCAAACACUUUGGAGGAAUAUUUGUUUUUUUUUCAGCAACAGCUAAAGCAGUCACUAUUUUUAUGAUUUUUCCACCAACAUCUUGUUUCGUUGAAAUAAGAUUUAUCAUAUCGGGGUCACUUCACUCAGAUCUACAAUGAAUGAUCAGCGACUGGACAAUGAUUAAUUUUGCAUUGAAAUAAUUUUUUGAUUUGAAAAUAAUAAAAAUGGUUAAAAAACCGAACUUUCCGCUGGUUAAUCUUUUAUGAUAACUGACUUUGAAGAUGACUUUUUUAGACCGGAUCACUUUUUAGACUCGUCACUUGCAUGUUGAGAGAAAUUUGAUAGCUUAAGAUAACUUUAUUUCCAAAGAUUCUUUUGAAUAUAAAAUUUUUUUUUUAAUCUUCAUUAAGAAUUUUUAGUUUGUUCCUAUUAAAUUAAAAUGAAAGAAUUUAAUCAGAUGAGGCCGACGUUUUGUCACUGACCCCGCCACUUCAGCCGCUGAGAGUCCCGUAACAAACUGUACUCUUCGGUUACGUUACAUUUGGUCGGUUCUGUUCACCUGCCAGCUGCCGGCACCUUCGCUUCGUGAACGACAUCCAGUAAAUGUACAAGUUCUUUUAAAAAAUACGUCAAAAUUUUUAAUCCAAAUAAGAAGAGUUUUGCAAUAUAAAAUAAAGAAAAUGACAAGAUUUUAAAGAAAAUAACUAGUUUAUGUUGGAUGUAAUUUUGGGAAAAAAAAACAGGUAAGGAAUUGUUAUUGUCAUUUUAUUAUCUUAUCGUUAUCGUUAUAUUGUCCGAAAUGAAUUUAUAGUGUGUUAUUUGAAGUAUUACGAAUUGGAAGGAAAUAAUUUAUUGAGUUUGCAAUUUAAAUUUUUUGUGUUGAUAAAUGUUACGCAUAACGAUUGGAGAAUAUAAUAAAAUGAUACUUAAACUAUUUUUGUUAUUUCAACUUUUAAAAAUAAUAAACACAGCUUUUCCACCGAUAUUAAGAAGUUUGCCACCAAUUUCAAAUAAAAUUAUUUCAACCACGACUUCUUGCGACUCAAAAAGGCUAAAUGUAACAGUGGUGACUGAGCAAGGAUUUAAAGGAAUGCUAUUAGCAAAGGAAUUUUCUCAAGAUUGUCGAUCCUCGGGAAAUUCAUCAAAUUCUUUAACAUUAUCUCUACCAACCACCGGCUGCGGUGUUAAAUUAAAAGUGAAAGAUAACGACCAAGUGAUUUACAGUGUAACAGUCGUAUUGCAACAAGACAAAUUCUUAAGGCAAAUUUCUGAUCAAGAGGCGAGGAUUACGUGUAAAGUAAAUAAUGGGGAGGAAAGUCUUAUAAUGGAGUGGAAUGCAAAGAUGGAGGAUGCUUUAAAAAACGAGGUUCAAGGGAGGAAAGUUAAUAAUCGGAAAGGAAGAAUGCGACAUCAGGAUUUAUCUGAAAUUCUUGAGGAAGAAUUAAUAUCGGGGAAAAAUGAUAAAUUACUUUCGGAAGCUUUAAAUGCAGCAAGAGCUUGGAUGGAGAUUGUUCCGGAAAAUGAUGUUACCUCUGAAAGUUUAAAAGUUGGUGAACCUGCUCUUUUAGUUAUUAAAUCAACACUUCCAGCUGGAAUUGGUUGGAAAGUAGUUGAUUGUAUCGCUCACGAUGGAAUCGGAGAUUCAUAUCAAAAGCUUCUCGACGAUUUUGGUUGUCCAAUAGAUGAGCUUUUACUACCAGAGUUAUCUUUAAAACCGCCUCGACCGAUCGCUUUAAUGAAACACCAAGAAGCAAUCGCGAAAUUUGCGGCUUUCAAAUUCCCCGAUCGGAAUCGUUUACAUUUUUCAUGUUCACUUCAACUUUGUCGUUCGAAUUGUAGCCAAAUUCAUUGUGAUAACAACAAUAAUAACCUGAACGAUAAUCGAUUACCAAGAAAAUUAAGCGUUGACGACCGUGGUGAGGAAAUUUUAGAACGAUUAGAAGUGUUUAAUAGCGUUGAAGUUAAAGCACCAGAAAUUGAUAUCGAAGAUGAUUAUUUACGUUUUGAUCGGCGAAAUGUAAAACCUACUUCUGAAGCAAGUAUGUCUUUUGGAAGUAUACCCGGAGAUCGAACAUUUUGCGUUUCACCAAGUAGCAUGGCUUUUGCAUUUUGCGUCCUUGGUUUAAUCUUUUUGUUGGCGGUUUUUGUAACUGCUUGGUCUUUAUUGAAAGCAAGACGAAGUGGAUCGAAUGUUUCCUAUUAUACGAGGAGUUUAUUUUCAAGUAGUGGCGGAUCUGGGUAUGGUGGAAGCAAAUUGUUGCUACAAGAUAGCCCUUGUUUGAGUCAUUCAAGGAAUAUGUCAUCAUAUGGAAGAAUGUUUUAA